CUGAGCAUCGAUUAUGUCUCUCAUGUGAUUUAUUCUGGAAGAAUCUCUCUCAGAGUUUGUUUUAUUGGAGUCUGUCUGCAGGAAUGCUGUGGAUUAUUGUUGUUUUACUGGUGAAUCUCCUCGUAGAGACUACAGUGUCAUUCACUGUAGUGGUUCCUGGUGAUCCUAUAGCGGCUCAUGUGGGAUCCACAGUGAUUCUUCCCUGCUGGAUCUCUCCUCCUGAGAACGCUGAAGCUCUGGAGAUCCGCUGGUACCGUCACGAUCAGUUCAACAACCCCAUUGUCUUCUAUCGCGAUGGGAAGCUCCAGGACGUCCAGGAAUGUUUCAGGAACCGAAGCUCUUUGGCUCUGCGGUCAGAUCAGUCUGGUGGACUGAAGGAUGGAGACGUCUCUCUACAGCUGGAGAAACUCACAUUUCAGGAUGAAGAUUCAUUUCACUGUGAAGUGAGUGGAGACAGAAAAUAUGACAGCAAAGUAGUAGACCUCAAAAUCACGGAGAGGGGUUUAUUCUCAGAUUCAUCAGGUCCAUGGAUGGCUCUUUUCUUCUCCGUUCUCAUCUGUGCUCUUCUGGGUUUGGUUGGGCUGAUCCUCUACAAAUACAGAGAGAAACGAACAGGAAAGAAACCAGCUACAGAAGAUCGUGAGGAGGAAACUCUGGAGAGACUGAGAAAAGAAGUUGUGGGAGACAUAAAUAUAGAAGAACUGAGGAAACAUGCAGUUGAGAUCACUAUUGACCGUGAGCGUUUACAUCCAGAUCUGACGCUUUCUAAGGACUGUAAAACCGUGAGGGACAGUAAAGAUUAUCAGCACACUGGAGAGGGAUUUCCAUUUGAAUUAUGUGCAUUCGGAGCCCAAAGAUUCACCUCUGGUCGUCACUAUUGGGAGGUACAGCUGGUACAAACAAAUACAGCUCCCAAAAACUACUGGUUAAUCGGUGUGGUGAAACAUGGACAUUUUACUGCAAGAGACAGAUCUGCUUUAACUCCAUCAGCUGGUUUCUGGUUCUUGUGUUCAGACGGUCCUCAAGGCUUUCACAUCAACACGGAUCCACCAGUUAAACUCUCACUGACACCGAGACCUGAACAACUGGGAGUUCUGUUCGAUUAUGAUGAGGGUCUGCUGGCAUUUUACAACGUCACAGAGAGUAAACAUCUCCUGACCAUCAGCAGCAGAUUCUCUGGAUCAGUCGUUCCUCUCUUCAAUCCUGGUGCAGGUGAUCUGAGUCCACUUAAAAUCCUGGAUUGUCCAAAACCUGUAGAAUCAACUGCAGAACCACCUGCAGAAUCAGCUGUAGAGUCCAGUGAUGAUCCAUAACCUGUAGAAUCAGCUCAAUC